AUGGAUUGGAAAAGUGCGAAGAUCUUGCUAGCAUCAACAGCUACGGCGGUAGUAGCUUCUCAAGUAGCUAAAAAAAUAUAUAAGUAUUUUUUCUCAAAUAACUCUCAAUCUGAGGUCAAUUACAAUAAAGAUACGUGUGACCCAUUAACAAUUAAGAAUCGUGAAAUUAAUGAUGUGAUAUUGUUUUCGGAUGAUAUCGUACGACACACGAUAAGAGUUUCUCCAAGUAAAGAUAUUACUUUAUGUGAAAGCAGAGAGUUGAAUUGCUUCAAAUUAAUAAAGUACAUCAAAUCAGCACGUGAAACCUUAGACGUAUGCAUGUAUCUAAUAACUAGCAACGAAAUAGCGGAGCACAUAAUAAGAUUGGGGCAAAAACAUGUUCUAGUGAGGAUAGUCGUUGAUAGCGACAUGGCAUUCACCCCUCAGUCACAAAUUAAUAGAUUAAAGGAAUACAGUUUCAUCCAAGUGCAAACAAACAAAAAAUCAAUACUCAUGCACCACAAAUUCUGCAUCAUUGAUGGUCCCAGGGCAAUGAAGCGUAAAAGCAUUUUGAAAUCACAUGCUGAAAAACUCAAUGUUCAUGCACAAUACAUGAAUAAUGGUGGCAAACAACACUGCAAAACCAAACACGUGAAGCCUUUUGUCAUGUCUGGUUCAUUAAAUUGGUCCACUCAGGCAAUGGUCUCAAACCACGAAAGCGUUAUUGUUACAUCACAUCCUAACAUCGUCAACAAGUUUGAGAAGGAGUUUGAGAGUCUUUGGGUGGAGAAUGAGCCGGCCUUGAUGUCAACUUCGUAG